CACAGACCCAUUUCAUUUCACAUAAAGAGUAAGAAACUGAGAGAGGAAAGCAAAGGAAUGAUAUCCAAGCUCAGCUAAGAGCAUGUCCCAGUCCCAUUGUAAAUGCAAAAGCAAAACAAAGUCUUCAAUCCCAAUUUCCAAAGUUGAAUGCAAUGUUAUUCUCAUCCUCCUCUCCCAUUUCCAAAACAACAAAAAAAGAUAUACUAAUACUACUUGUACAAGACUAUACUCAUGGAUUGAUAUAUCAUGAGGAGAUAAUUAAACAUGCAACCAGCUAGCUCACCUCAGCUCAGCUGCUCUUUUCAAGCAUAAAAGCACUGCUAUAUAUAUAUAUAUAUGCUACUGUUGUUGAAUGAAUGAAUGAAUUGAAUUUAGCUGGCAUUUUCAAAUACAAACACACUUUUUGUAAUUCCCUCCCUCUCCCUCCUCAACCCACUCACUCUCAUUCUCACUGCCAGCCAAGAGUGAAUUAGCAAGGCUGGGACACCCACACUAACAGUAUUCUGUACUACACACCCAACCUACGCACGCAGUUUUUGCUUUUCUCUCCAAAACAUUAACAACCAACGUUUCUUUUGUCUCUCCUCCACUAUUCCGUAUACACUGUUCCUCUCUUUCUCUCUCUCUAUCUCUCCCACACACACAAAAACACUCUUUUUUCCUAUGCCAACAACAACAACAACACCUUCAUUUCUCUCACCUCCUCACUCUCAACGUCAUUAUCAUAAACCCAUUCAAUUUCACCACUAUUCACACACCCUUUUUACUCCUUCCUCUUCCUCCGCCACCCACACCAGGCGGCGGCCCCACUGCCCUCGCAUGGAAAUCUCCCCCUCACGCCACCGUCGGAAAGACAAAGUCCUCAUUAUAGUCGGUGCAACCGGCUCCGGAAAAUCACGUCUCUCCGUUGAACUCGCCACCCUCUUCCCUUACUCAGAAAUAAUUAAUUCCGACAAAAUCCAAGUGUACAGAGGACUCGAUAUCACCACCAACAAGAUCCCAUUUCAUCAACGCAACAACGUUCCACAUCAUCUUCUCGGCGACAUUGAUCCUUCUCACGGUGAGUUCUCACCUUCAGAUUUCCGCCGCCACGCCGGAGAUAUCAUCUCCGAUAUUACUUCCCGGAGAAAACUUCCCAUUAUCGUUGGUGGGUCCAACUCAUUCAUUCACGCUCUUCUUGUAGAACGAUUCGACCCUGAGUCAAACGUUUUCGACGAGUCAUCAUCAUUGUCAACAUCGAUAUCCUCGGAUUUAAGGUACAAAUGUUGUUUUCUUUGGAUGGAUAUUUCGUUUCCUGUGUUGUCGGAAUAUUUGCUGAAACGAGUCGAUGAUAUGUUUGACUCGGGAAUGGUGAACGAGUUAGCUGAGUUUUAUGAACCGGAUGCAGAUAACCAAACCGGUUUAAGAAAAGCAAUCGGUGUACCCGAGUUCGACCGGUUUUUUAAACAAUAUCCACCACAGGUUGGACCAGAUGAAUCUGAACGUCAUAAUCCAAUGCGGGAAGGUGCAUAUAUUGAAGCAGUGAAGGCGAUUAAAGAUAACACGUGUCAGUUAGCUAAGAGACAGAUAGGGAAGAUCUUACGGUUAAAAAGAGCUGGGUGGGACCUACAACGGAUUGAUGCCACGGAGGCGUUUAGGGCGGUGCUGACGUCAGAGUCUAACGGCGGUGGAGAAGAAUUUACCGGUGUAUGGAAAAAACAAGUAUUGGAACCAAGCGUGAAGAUUGUGAAGCGUUUCUUGAUGGAGUAGGUCUUCCAGCUAAAUCCAGCUUAGCUAAUCCAACUAUUUUGUUUUAUUUAAUUUUUCCCUUUUUUUUUUUUGUUAUGCAAUGUUUAUUUUAUUUUACUUGAGAAGAAGGAAAAAUUGGGGUAUGGGGGAAAAUGUACAAAAAUGAAAAAGAAUAUGGGAGUGGCUUGGCAAGUUGGUGUUAGAUUUUGGAGGAAUUAAUGGUUGUGAUGUGUGUCACAAAUUUUGGGUUUUGGAGUUGCAACAAAGGUUUUGGCUCUUGUGUUCGUUCUACAAUUUUCUCUAGGCUAAUUUGGUAAGAAAAAUGUAAAAGAAAGAGUAACUACUAGAAUAGAAAAAUGUUGACAAAGUUUUGGUAGCAUGUAGCAAUUUUAAUUUAUUUAUUUUUCUUUCAUUGCAACCUUAAAUUGUGAA